CUUAUUGUGGAUUACAAUAAAUUUCAGGAAGCACAUUAUGAACCUCUAAUGAAGAUUAUGUAUCGAGGCUAAAGAUAAACUGAGGAAAUCCGACCUAACAAUUCUAUCUGAAAAUCCAAUGUUGCGCGGUUAUAGUUGACACGCGAGAUUAUGGAGGCAUCUCGUAAAUUGCUCUACGGGUAACCUGUUCGCGCUAUUAUAUUCCCUGAGUAGUAAUUGCGUAAAUAGUCCGUUAUAAUCUACUCUUUUGAUCGUCAACAUGUUUUCGGAAGCUAUAAAAGGUGGUACAACGACGUAAACUUUUCACAGAGUUAAAAUGUGGUCUAGCAAGUUUGUGUUUUGUGUGUUUGUGGUCGUGUGGACCAAGGCCGAACAGGAUGUUCAAUUGGAAAUUCCUCAAGGGUUUCUAAAGGGUUUAAAGACUAGUACUGUAAUGCAGAAUAAGGCGUACUAUAGUUUUAAAGGAAUACCCUAUGCAAAACCUAAUGUUGGUCUUAAUAAAUUCGAGAUGUCAGAACCAGCCGAAUCUUGGGAAGGCACGUACGACGCAACCUAUCAUCGCUCGGCUUGUCCUUUCUUCUGUAUGAUACAACAAGACAUCGUUGGCGAAGAAGAUUGUCUUUAUCUUAACGUAUACACUCCGGAAUUGAACAAAGAAGCUUGUAAAGCUGUUAUGGUAUGGUUCCAUGGUGGUAAUUUCAAUCAUGGUCUCGGAGACGACGUAUUCUUUGGUCCUGACUUUUUAAUUGAGCAAGAUGUUAUUCUCGUGACGCUUAAUUAUAGAUUAGGAGUAAUUGGAUUUUUAAAUACUGGUGACAAGAGUGCGCCUGGCAACGCUGGUCUAAAGGAUCAGGUAAUGGCGCUAAAGUGGGUCAAGGACAACAUACAUUAUUUCGGCGGCUGUCCCAACCGAAUUACGAUCUUUGGCGAAGAUGCAGGCGGAAGUUCCGUCCAGUUUCACAUGAUGUCACCCAUGUCGAAUGGUUUAUUUAAUAAAGUCAUCGCGCAGAGCGGAAGCGCGGUGAAUACAUGGGCGAUAGCUUAUGAUGCUAGAGAGGUAGCCUUCAAAUUGGGCGAGAAACUCGAUAUUGAAACUAGUGAUUCUGCUGAAUUGGUUGCCAGGCUCGCGGAAUUUACUCCGAAAGAAUUAAUCGCGGCUAGCGACGAUUUGCCGUUCCUUAAACAGAGUGCUAUGAACGGCCGAGCUGAAGCAUUUAUUCCAUCGGUCGAAGCUGAUAUAGGACAAGAGAUCUUUUUGCCUGCUGAUCCUUGGACGCUUUUAAAAUCCGGAAAAAUUGCCGAUGUGCCUGUUAUGGCUGGAUAUACAGCUAACGAGUCCUCCUUCUAUGUGCAAAUGAUGCUCGGCAAUAUUGAUCAAAUAAAUGAGCACUUUGAGAACUUUCUGCCGAACGAUUUAAACAUAACCGAUGCCGGGCAUAAGAACGAAUUAGGUGAAAGCCUGAAGAGUUACUACUUUGGGGAUAAGUUGAUCUCCACGGAAACCACGAAAGAGUUCAUGAUGAUGUUGGACGACGUCAUGUUUGACGCUGGGAUCGCACUCAGUUUAGAGGUAUUAAGCUCCAGAAUUUCGUCUCCAAUUUACCAGUAUAUAUUCUCUUACGAAGCCCCGUUCGGUAUGAUAAAAUCUUUGGUACAAGUGGAAGAAGGUGUUGCCCAUGGUGACGAUUUGACUUAUGAAUUCUAUUCGGAUGCAUUGAAAAAUGUGCCGCAACCAGAUUCUCCUGCGGAAAAGAUGGUGCGCAUUUAUACGACGUUAUUGGCGAAUUUUGCAAAAGAUGGCAAUCCUACGUCACACAUGAAUGAGUAUGUAAACGUGAAUUGGGAACCCAGAGGUGAGGAAGAUAAUUAUAUGAAUAUUAAUCAAGAGUUACAAAUGGAGAAAGGCUUCUUGAGAGAUAGAGCUGAUUUUUGGAGGAACUUGUAUAAAAACGUUCUCGGUUAAGAAAAAAUGCAUUAUGUUACGGAAUGUAUAUGUUAUAUCGAACUUCGC